GCAGCGUAAGGUUUCAACGUGAUGUCACCACCCGGAAGCGGGGGACAGGGGGGCGGAGCCCGGCAGAAGAUGGCGUCUCUGCGCUGUAGGCGAGACCCCUGCGGCGUUAUCUGUCUGAUUUUAACUUAUUUCAGCGUGUUUUACGCGGACUACGUGGUUAUACAGUAUGUCCUCAUCCCCGCUUACUCGGACAGCGUGUGGUGUACUCUGCAUGGAUCAGUGUUCAACCUGAUUCUGCUGCUGCUGCUGGCCUGCCACUCCAAAGCUGUCUUAUCAGACCCUGGUAUGGUGCCUCUUCCCGACACAGCCAUAGACUUCUCAGACCUCCGCUCGCAGUCGUCUCGGAUGAAUGAGCGGGGCUGUGAAGGCUGGACGGUGUGCAGUCGCUGUGAAACCUACAGACCUCCCAGAGCGCAUCACUGCCGUGUCUGUCAGAGGUGUAUACGCCGCAUGGACCAUCACUGUCCCUGGAUCAACAACUGUGUCGGAGAGCUGAACCAGAAGUAUUUCAUCCAGUUUCUCUUCUACACCGGCAUGGCCAGUCUGUACUCCAUGGUGUUGGUGGUGUCGGCCUGGGUGUGGAGGAUAAGGAACGAGCGAGAAGGCGACGCAGAGAAAGAAGGAGAGGAGACGCCCAGCAAGCACCUGAUAGUCGCUCACUACAUCAUCCUCCUGGUGGAGUCGGUGUUGUUUGGCGUGUUUGUCAUGGUCAUUUUCUACGAUCAGUUGGUCUCCAUAAUCACAGACGAGACUCCAAUAGAGCAGAUGAGGAACAGGCUGAUGAUCAAGGACAGAGGCUCUUCCUCCUCCUCUUCCUCCUCCUCCUCCUCCUCCUCCUCCCAGCUGCCUCACCACCCCCCACACACCCGCAAGCCAAAGAUCGCUCUGCUGCGGGAGGUUUUCGGAAGAGGUUCGGUCUUUUGCUGGCUUCUUCCUCUCCACUCCAGCCCUCCGUCAGUUGGCGGCAUCAUCUACUCCGCCCUGCCCGACUACGAAGUCUGACCUUUGACCUGUGAGAGCGAGAGAGGAGGCGAGGAAACGGUGGCAAGAAAGGUUUUUGUGUGUGUGUGUGAGGGAGAGAGUGAAUUUUCUGCCUAACUACGAUGUCUUAUCUUUGGACCUGAGAGGUGAAGAGGAAGGAGGAUGAAGGCCGAGACUGGGACGAAUGAAGAGAGUGUGUGUGUGUAUUAGAUGAAUGAAUGAAUAAUGCACUUUUGUGUGUGUGACUUUAUCACCCAGGGCCUAAAAGAGUUCAGCUUCAGACUCGUGAAAAUCUAUUUCUUUCCUGUCAUGAGGGAAGAGCUCCGAUGGUCCCCGUUUUGUUCCCAUCUGUAGUUUAACUACCAGCGUUCUUUGAUUAUUUUACUGGUGUUGGCCCCUUGUGGACACUGCGGUUUGACUGAUGUGGGUUUAACAAGACCGAUGCAGAUUUUUAAACUAAAGCUGCUGAUGUCGGAUGUAUUAACCUGCUUGAAAUUUGACAAUUUUCAUGCCCAGAAAUUGCAAACAUUCAGGUCCAGAUAUAAUAAGAAAAUGGGGCAGCACAAAUGUGCACUGCGUGUGUGCUGAAUUUACGUGCAGAAUCUGCAUGUAAUUAACUCCCGAUUUACUGAGGCAGCAGCUCAUUAUGCAGUCAGCUUCUGGACUGACCUCCAGAUGCAUUUUGCGAGUGAAGGAAAGCUCAUAGACACAAUUCAGUGGUGGGAUUAUAUGGGAUUUGUCUGAGGUCACCAAGUUAAGAAAAUAAAUGAUAACGUAGUGAUCCAUCCAAAACAUUUACAUCAGCUGCGGUUCAAGUCCACCUGAAGAAACCUAUUAUUAAAAGAGUGCUCCACAGAUUUAGCAUUGCACUCCUAUAACAUUGUCGGACUCACAAAGGACAGUUUUUUUAAAUGAUCGAAAUUUAUGCAGCAGAACCAAAGAUAACGCAUUCUUUAUCCUUGUUAAAACCUGCAACCCACAUUACCCACAAUGCAACUUGACUGCGGACAGUUCAGUCGGAGAUUUGGGUGUAUACGUAAAGUCACGUUUAUUUUCCCAGCACAACCUUGCUUGUGACUAGUAUAAAUCCCAUCUUUGCUACGUUGACACCUCCUUUUAGGAGGAGGUCGCAAAUUGUGUGACCUUGGUAAGUCCAGUGGAAUGUCUCCUCCUAUUAUUUGCACGAUCCUCCCCUAAAUGCAUACGCACUAAGGCGAGAGACAAAAAGCCUCUGAAAUAACAUUUAGGCCAUCACAAGAAACCAAAACUGUUAACCAUUAUGCGUACGUAUGAGAAUCAGAUCAAAAGGGGAUUUUGUUGACAGCAAGUCAGUGAUGAAAUCUUUAAUGAAAAUGUCUAUUUUAUUGUUUAUUGAUAUGUGAGUAUUGACCCACAUAUCAGUCUAACCCCAGUGCAGUGUCUUUUAUGAUGGUGUGUUUGAGGGAAUUGACUUCUGGCCAGUAUUUAUGCGAACGGAUGUUUUAGCACAAAAACUUUCCUCUUCAGAAAGCUACUAAAGGAGGUGAGGGGCAGUGGCCUGGGGUCAACUUCCUGUUUCAUCAAAGUGUUUUUACACCUUUAACCCCUGAAUGAAACCCAAUCAAAACUUUCCUUUUGGUUGUUGAACUGUGAACGUUAACUUUGCCCUAAAAGUAGUUUGUUACUGAAUUAUGUUUUGAAAGAUGAAAAUUAUUUAUGAUUUCUGUUCUUGUUUUUAUAGAAUCAAAUUCUUUUUCCCAGGUAAUGUCCAAGCCAAGCUUUAAAUAGGUACUAGGGAUGCACUGAUGUGGAUUUUUAAAGCUGGUACCAAUAUCUGAUAGUGUCCCAUCCGUAUUAGUUGAAUACAUUCUUAUGGAGCUUAGUGAAACUUGUUUUUCCCCGUGGUAUCGAAAGAGAUAUCGUUUUUUUUAUACUAGUACUGUAUCAAAGUUUAAAAUUCUGGUAUCGUGACAACCUUAGUAUGCUGAUAUACACUAUAUGGCCUAAAGUUUUAAUUCAAAGGCUGCAGGGAUUUGCUCCCAUUCAGCCACAAGAGCAUUAGUGAGGUCCAACACUGAUGCUGGGUGAUCAGGUCUGGCUCAGAGUCGGUGCUCCAGUUCAUCCCAAAGAUGUUGGAUGGGGUUCAAGUCAAAUUCUUCCACAGCAAACUGGGAAAGCUAUUUCCUUAUGGACCUGGCUUUGUGCACUGUUUAAACAGAAAAGGGUCUUCCCCAAACUGGGCACACAAAGCUGGAAGCACACUGUCUAAAAUAUAAUUAUAUCCUGCGGCUUUAACACUUCCCUUCAUUGGAACAAAGGGGCUCAAAUCACGAACAGCCCCAGACCAAACGUCCGCAUACUUUUGGCCACAUAGUGCAUUAAUGCGUCUCUUUCAGGUUCUUUUUUGUUACUGAGUUAGGUCAAGGUCCAACACUGUAAUACAAACUCUAAAAGACACUGUAGGUCAAUGUAUUUUAUAUUAUUUAUUUAUUUUUAUUCUCAAAUCAACCACUAUAGCUCAAGAUAUCAAUUAUACCUUGACAACAGCUCACAGUUUAAAACGAUAUCAUGAAGUUACAUUUCUACAUUUAUGACAUCCACUAAUAUUUUUGUUUAAUGAGAUGAAAAAAUAAAAAAAACUAGCUACCUAUCCUACAUUACAUCAUGUGAAUUAAUACCACCAAACUGGUAUAGUAACAGAAAUAACAGGAACAAAUAAGAUGUGUUGGGAGAUGCUUUGGAGUUCAUAAGCAAACAGCAAAUGGAGAAUGUCCACAAAGAGAUUCCUUUUUAGUGUAUUGAUUUUGUUUUUCCUCAUUCCUGUGUUUAUUUUGAAGUACAAAGACGUUUGACGUGCUACUAACUAAACUGUGUUACACUUACAGAUUUACACUAAUACUACUACUAAUACACACACACACACACACGCAAACAGGGUGUGAUGUAAGAUAUAAAAGGGGGACGCUGGAAAUAAUAAAGACACAAGUUUUGUUUACUGUCAUACUACCCCUAAAUUCUAUUUUUAACCUUGGCGAUUAAAUUAAUAUUUUGUGUCAUUCGUUCCCCAUCAGAUCACCCCGACACACACACACACACACACACACACACACAUUCAGAGUACACCUCUCAGUAUUCUGCUAAAUCUCAGUGAAGGGACAAAUCUUAACUUAUUUAUUGUUUCUAACUAUUCCGUGGAGUUAACUCCACCAACAACUGGUGUAUUUUUAUGUGAGGGGUGAAGUUGUCUUUCCUCACUGAUCUGGGUUUGGAUUUGCUGCUGUUGUAGGAACAAUAACGAAGUGUGUAGCAGCGUCACAAAACUGUAUGAAGGACCUACUUUAGCUACCGACUCUAACUACCUUUAUGUUUUUGAUAAUGGAUUAAUCAUUUUAGUUACUUUUCAGGCAAAGAAAUUGCCAAAUAUUCAGCCUCUCAAAUCUGAGAAUUUGGUGUUUUUCUUUGUCAUAUAUAAUACUAAACUGAAUAUCUUUGGAUCUUAGCGUGUUGGUUGAAUAAAACAAGCAUUUUUCACUCUUUUCUGACAUUUUAUAGACAAAAUGAUUAAUUGAGAAAAUAAUCAAUAGUGAAAAUAAUUGUUAGCCUUUAGAGCAGUCUUCUUCUUCUUUAGCACUAAAAGAAGUUGCAAAGAUGGCACAUGCAUCCUUAAAAAAGGUGGAGAUGCAGCAUGAGAAUAUUAAUCUGUUGAUUUGCCCUCAAUGAACUUUAUUGAAAAGAGCCACUGUCAAUAUUUUGGAAUGGCAACAGGCACAACAGCUAGAUUUUAGAUGGCCAGUAUUGUUAUUGUUAUGUCUUCGCACCAGAAACCACUCGAGCAGCAACAGGAGUAAUGCUCCUUACGGUGGGGUUUUUGUCAUGUGUGUGACACAUGAAACACUUGCUCUGAGGUGGUUUGUCACGGUUGACAUCUCACUAUAAAUUGAAAUGUGGCAGAGAAACCGCAGACGCAAAGGCAACUUCACCCCUCCGCAUGUUUUUAUGUAUGUGUAUAUAAUUAUUCUUCUAAUUCUGUGACCUGGGCUGAACAUGAGUUUCAGAUACACAAGGGAACAUUAUAAGUGCUUCAGUGGAUUUAAUGAACUAUCCAUUUUAACGAAGUAUUCGCAAUAGUCCUCAGAUGUUACAAAAUGAGAACAACUGCCAGUUGCGAGGUGAUGUCACUUAUUUCCUCUGAAAACCCCUUUUUCUUGAAUUAUGUGACUUCAAUCACACGGAGUGAUCUGCCUUUUUUUAUUCUAUCACAUGUUUGAAGAAAAUCCAGUUACUGAUAUUUACUGAUAAUUACUCUUAUUUUAAAACAUGUUUAACAGCAAAAGAUUAGAAUCAAGUGUAUCUGCAAGUCUCUUAACAAAAGAAAGUGAAACCUUGGAGAGAUGUUAGCAGCGGUUAUGAGAGGCGUGCAGCGUUGUCAGAGGGUUUGUAAUGCUGCAUUCACACUGUGAGCAGCUCAGCUAAUGUUUCAGUUGUGGUUCGUACAUCAGGCUCUGUUGGUGCUGCGUUACAGAGUUUUUUGUACUGUAUUUAGACAAAACAUGUUUUGCCAUUGCUUUGUUUUUUGACUUGCUUUGCUGGGUUAACUAAAUAUAGAGCUGGCCAGUAUUAACAAAAUUCAGGAUAUUCAUGACUUGGUUAUAUUUUGGAUAUGACCUUUGGUGCUUUAAUACAAUUAAUUUGUAAAUUUCAACGCAUCCCAAGUAGCCCUCCUAAACUACAUUAAAGUAAAAUUGACGGUUCAUUUAUUCGCAGUGCCUCCCCUGCUGGUUACUGUAAGGCAAUUGCAUUUUUAAAAGGCAGCAAACAGCCUCACCUCUAUCCACAAGUGUGUCCACCUGUGGUGUUGAAUCCAUGAUGUUUUUACUCUCAGGUGGUUUUAUGUCAUGAAAAUCUGUUCGACACGGCUCAUUAGUUUCCUCCAUUUUGCUUUCGAGCAAUAGUUUGACAUUUUGGGAAAUACGCUUCUUUGCUUUCUUGCCGAGAGUUAGAUGAGAAGAUCGAUACCACGCUCAUAUUUUCAUUUUUUGUACGGAUCAAACAAAUAAGAUAUAACGUUAAUUAUUGAGCUUUAGAGGUGCUUGUUGACGGAUUUUGUUACCUAUGGACAGAGCCAGGCUAGCUGUUUCCCUUGUUUCCAGUCUUUACGUUAAGCUAAGCUAACGGUCUCGUGGCUCCAGCUAUGUAUGUAUUGCACAGAUAUAAGAGUGCUAUCCAUAUCUUCUCAUCCAACUCUCAGCAAGAAGUGAAGAAGCGUAUUUCUCAAAAUGACGAGUUAUUCGUUAAAUGAAGAGAAAAACAAUUACAGACAGUGCCUUUAAUGAAUGUCCCCAGCUGGAGUACAAGGCACGGCGCUAAUACAUAUUUUCCCAAGUUCGAAUGACAGAAGAAGCCUUAGUCGUAGUUGGAAAAUGACCAAAAAACUCUUAAAAUAUUCAGAGUUUACCUUCAGGGACACCAGGAAGUGCAGAUACGUUAUUUUUGAGGUUACAAACUACAUAGUUUAUCGUCUAUUUAUGGGCCAGUUUGGGUGAUUUUUGUUAAUAAUGUAGCUCAUGGUGUGAAUGCAUGUUUUCCUUGACAGGGCGUAUCACCAAACCCCAUGAUGGCAAUGACGCAACGGUCCUCCAAGUUGAAAGUUGCCUUAUUUCUGUUGGUUUUAAUAGUGUUCGAGUUUGACUGCAGAACGAGGCAGAAGCUUGAGGGAAGAACUGGUGAUAACUUUUCUCCGAAUGUUGCUUGUAACCACUGGUAACCGCUCUCCAAACACUUCCUGACAGGCAGGUGCACUUACAAUACAUCCUCGCCCAAGUUUUGGUUUUCGUUAGCUGUACAUAGGAUUCAUAUUUUAUAUCGAUGAUUCUCAUGAGGGGAAAUUUACUGAAACUCGGAGCAUUUUCUUUGUUUUCUAUCGCGAUCUGGGUAAAACAAAACAAAACAAGGUUUGAAAUGUUUUUGUGAUUAUUUGCAAAAACCAUGAGGUGCACGAGGUUUAGUCUUCUUUAAUUUGUCUCAUCUUGAAUUUAACAUUUUUGCUCAAUAUUAAACUCUGAAUCUCACAAUCUUACACUUUUGUCAAACACCUUAAACAUUUGGGACUGUAAAUGUUUUUUGUCCAGGUGUGUGUUAACUAUCAGGGGACUGGCUUGCUUGUUUGACUCUGUUGACUCUGAAAAAUGCAGUUGAUCUGUUUUUUCGGUUGUUUUUUUUUUGUAUCAAUGUUGAUCAAAAGGGUGCGCUUGUUUCGGUUCAUCCACAUUGGUGCAGUUGUCUCCUUACCACUGGUUCCAUCAGUUAAAAUCCAACAAAACUGACUCUCGCCCACUGUUAGCUGAAACAAAACAAGUGCACCCCUUUUGCUGUUUUACUUGACAGCGGGAAGGAAUGUGUGUACAAACAAAGUGGGCCUGAAAUUAACACUUAGCCACCAGCCAACACUUAAACAUUAAACGUUCAGUUCUACUAGCCUGUUAGGCAAUUCAAAAACCUGGAACUUUAUUGACUUCUAUGUGCAAACAAAAGAGAUUGCAUCAAUGCCCCGAGCCACAGUCGCUUGUAAUUGUCGCAAAGCCAUUUUAUCAUAAUUUUGAAAAGUAGUUAGCCAAUCCAACAAAAACAUCAACCAAAGAAGUAAUAUACCACUUUUUAAAAUACUGUUUUAAAUAUUUAAGUGUAUCAAGAGGCAGGUCACUUUUCUCACAGUGUACGUAGUCAAUAAAGUUUAAUUUAGACAGGAGUUAGUCUUCAUAUUUUGCAGCACACAUCCAUGAGGAAGUUCUUCAGCUGGUAAAACUCUUUAUUUGUUGGCUGGUUGGCCCAAAAAAGUUAGUUUCACGCCCUGCAAAUAUCAUGUGGCUUCAUGAUGAACAAGUUUACAACCGACUAAUGUUUUAUUUAUUGUUACUAUCUUGAAACCGUGACCUGUGUAUUUAUUCUUAAUGACAUGCUGCUCUGGCUCGUUUAACUGGGAAGUAAAACAGAUGUCUUUUAAACUUCA